AUGACGUCACGAAGGCGGAAGCGGCCGUUGUCACUGUGUAUCCAAUACAGGUCCCUGUCAUUCUCACCGGGCCGGGCCCAGCCGCUGCUCUUCAUCACCGGCAGCGGGGACUGCUGACCGAUGGCUUCCACAGGCUGCGUGGGCAGCGGGCGGGAGUAACUAGCUGCUGCUGACAGCAGUUCAGUGGUUGAAGGAACGGAAGAUUCAGACGAUCUUGAUAAAAGCGAGAUUGAAACCAUGGAUUUAAAAUUUAACAACUCCAGGAAAUAUAUUUCCAUCAGUAUACCUUCAAAAUCAGAAGCAAUGUCCCCACACAUCAAGUCUGUAGAUGAUAUCAAGGUUCUUGGGAUCAACCUCAGCAAAUUCCAAAAGCCUGUACAAUUUUUUAUUUGUGUUACAGGAGUCUUUGUUUUUUACUUAAUUUAUGGAUACUUACAGGAGCUGAUAUUUUCUGUGGAGGGUUUUAAACCAUUUGGCUGGUACUUGACUUUAGUGCAAUUUGGAUUUUAUUCUGUGUUUGGACUAGUAGAACUACAAUUGACGCAAGAUAAGCGCAGAAGGAUACCUGCAAAAACCUACAUGAUCAUAGCUUUCCUCACUGUGGGGACAAUGGGUUUGUCAAACACUUCCCUAGGAUAUUUGAAUUAUCCUACUCAGGUUAUUUUCAAAUGCUGUAAAUUGAUCCCUGUCAUGAUUGGAGGAGUGUUUAUUCAAGGAAAACGAUACAAUGCAGCUGAUGUGGCUGCAGCAGUCUGCAUGAGCGCUGGACUUAUAUGGUUUACAUUAGCGGAUAGCACAGUUGCACCAAACUUCAAUGUAACUGGUGUGAUGCUUAUCUCAAUGGCACUGUGUGCUGAUGCUGUCAUAGGAAAUGUUCAAGAAAAGGCCAUGAAGUUACACAAUGGAUCAAAUUCAGAAAUGGUUCUGUAUUCCUAUUCAAUAGGAUUUGUUUACAUAUUAUUUGGGUUAGUGGCCACCAGUGGGCUAAGUCCUGCAAUAGAAUUCUGCUCAAAGUAUCCGUUUCAGACUUAUGGAUAUGCAUUCCUUUUCUCCCUGACUGGCUACUUUGGAAUCUCUUUUGUACUGGCAUUAAUUAAACUGUUUGGUGCUCUUCUUGCUGUGACAGUGACAACAGGAAGGAAGGCAAUGACAAUUGUACUUUCUUUCUUGUUUUUUGCGAAACCCUUCACUUUUCAGUACGUAUGGUCUGGAUUAUUAGUUGUUCUUGGAAUAUUUUUGAAUGUUUACAGCAAGAAUAUGGAUAUUAUGAAACUGUCCCAAAUUUACAGCUUCUUGAAGAAGGGAGCAGAAGCGAAAACUAGGACGUUCUCUCAGACUGUAUAAUAAUUUUUGGUUUUCUAGGUUUUUAUUUUAUAAUUAAAACAAUCAUUAAAUGAUUAUAUUUUUCCAAAGGGAAUAUGGAUACACUUAAGAUAAAGAUAAGGCAUAUUGCCUACUUGCUACUGCGGAGUACAAAAUCAGACACAAUUGCAGCGUCUGAUCCGUUUCCUCCACUCUGCUGACCUGUGGGUGUUAUUUAGUAUAAGGUUGUAUGUGAUCUUUUGCAAGAUGUUUAGUGCUGGGAGAGUUCUCAGCCUCUGUCAGAAGGGCAUAUUUCAAAUGGACCAUGGCAUUAUUUUAUAUUCUUUUAAUACUGCAAAAGAAAUUAUGAUCAGUGUUUAAAGACCAAAUUGUCAUUAUGUCUCAAAUGAAAAUGUAUUUUAAGAUGUAAAUCACAUCAGUUUGUUUAGGUUAAUCAUGUCAUGCAGGUUAUAGACUGUUUAAACUUCACUAUGUCUGUUUUUGCGCAUGGGCCUUUUACAAAUAAUAAAAAAAAGUCAUACUAAAGAAUUUUAACAUGAA